AAAGUGUCGCAACAAAUAUUCUGCGGGCUUUGCAAGUGUUUUCGUUUCUCAAGGUUGCUCAGAAUGUAGUGUAAUCCUAAUUUACAGAUUGUUUGUCUUUUUUAUUACGUUCCUAAACAAGAUUUGUCUAUAUUGAGUUCUAACUCGUUUUUUCAUUAUGCUGACCACUUCAUGUGAAUAAACCAUACUCAAUCUAGUGACCAGUUUUGUUUAUUUAUUAACUCUAGGUUAUUGUUUAUUGGCAGAACUUAUAUUUAACUAGUAUCUGCAUAAUAGUAGCUUGUUUGUUUUCUUGAGACAACUCAUUGGCCAAUGGUAAAAUGCGAAUUUCUAACGAUACCUCUUAGAACCGUAGCUUUCUUUACGUCGAACACUAAGUUCUGGAAACAGCGCUUCAAUAUACAAGUUGGUUUUUAGGUGAGGUCUUUCAUUGGUUUUUAUUAGACGCUCAGUAAGUUUCAAUCAUUUGGAAAUCUACAUCUAGAUAACUACAUGCUUUAUAAGUUCCAGCAACCAAAUCAGUACUGGUUAGUAUUUCAGCUUUCUUGAAUAAUCUUUUUGCUAAAACACUUUUAUAGCUGUUCAGUGGACUACAAAAUAACAUGAUUUUGGGCUUCUCUUCUUUUGGUUCACACACAUCGAGCGUUUUAAAUGUAAACUCCGCAUUGGUUUCUUUAGCCAUACUAACUGCAUUGAUAAUUCCUUGUUCGAUAGCAGAUGUGCGUAAAAAUAUACCUACAACGAAUGAUUUACUGAUGGUAUUUAUCUUAUGUCGACAUGGCGAUAGGUCUCCUGUUCACACUUUUCCAACAGAUCCAUAUCGAAAGCUAUGGAAAAUGGGAUAUGGUCAGCUAACAGCUUAUGGUGCAGAACAACAUCAAGAACUUGGUCGAAUUAUCCGAAAAAUGUAUUCUGGUUUCCUUCCUGAAGUUUAUCAUAAGGAUGAAACAUUGUUUCGUAGUUCUGGGACUGAAAGGACACUGAUGUCUGCAAACAACUUUAUCCGAGGAUUUUAUCACUUGGAAAAGAAGAGCACAAAUAACAUUCCUCCUGUGUUUUCUAGACUAGUACACGAAGAUCACCUGUUAAAAAUGUCCAGCAAGUGCCCUAAAUUUAAAAGGCUUUUUCACCAUCUGAUGAACUCAUCAGUGGUAUCUCAGAAAGCAAACACAUUGAGAAACUUCUUCGACCUCCUGGAGCAUACGACUGGGUACACCUUCCCUAUUGACAGAAGUUCUUCAGAUAAUUUUUACACAGCCUGGCGUAUAUGUGAUCCUGUUACGAUAUGGGUGGAUCAUUCAUUGCCUUCACUUCCUCGUUGGGUCACCAGUGAUGUUUAUAAACAAUGCUCUAACUUAUUGGACUAUAAACAUUUCAUUCGAUUUUCUAAACCACAGUUGACAAGAUUACGAGGUGGUCCGCUGGCUGGUCAUAUUAUGGAUUUAUUUCGUGAGCGUAUUAACCAAGAGCUAAAGAAUAGUGAUCAUGACAUGGAUUCACCAGAACAACUACGUCGACGUUUCGUCGCUUAUUUUGCACAUGAUUCUACACUGGCAGCUCUAAUGAGCCAUUUAGGUGUAUAUAAUGGGAUCAAACCACCUUUGGCAAGUUGUUUGAUAGUAGAACUUCAUCGUUCAUUAUCAUCAUCUAAUAAUUUUUAUCUUCGAUUUUAUUAUUUAAAUGAAACAAAACUACCUUUAAAAACGGAUAAAAUAGUUAAUCUAUGGCCAACUAAAUGUGAAACUCAUAAUCAUAUUGAUGGUAAACAAUUAGAUUAUUCAUGCCCAUUUCAUAAACUUGAAUUAUCACUUCAAGGAACUUAUGCAACCGAUAUUGGAGCUGAAUGUUAUGAUAAUGAUGCAAUAAAUAAUGUUAAACCAACAUAUAUGAAACCAUCAGGCAUAAAAAUGUUUGAAUCUUAUUGUUAUCAUCCACAAUUAUUAACUUUCAUUUUUAUUCAAACAGCUAUAGUAUGUUAUUUUGUUGCUCGUUUCUUACCUAUUCCAAUUGCUUAUCUUAUAAAUAAUUUUAGAUAUUCACGUCAUGUACAAUAAACUUCUUUAAUAAUGAAUCUUAUUUAUUCAACAUGUAAAUGAUAUUUACUGAUUCAAACAAAAGAAUCAUUCUACUGUUGACUUGAAGUUCUUCAUGUGAUAUUCAUUCCUUUUUUUUUUUUACCAUACAUUGAAAAAAAGUAGUUUUUUAAUUAACCUUUCAUAAAUUAUUUUUCUACUCAAAUAAGGAUAGUACAUUAGUUGUUUUUAGUUUUAUAUACAACGAGACAAUGGUCAGUCACUUGAAUGCUUAUUUCAUAAUGUUUAUAUUCAAUACAGCCAGCCCAUGUACACGUUCAAUCAAUUAUUGUUUCUUAAUUUCUUUGUUAUAUUCUAUGAAUAUUCUUAUUAUCAUAAUAAUUUUUCUCUUGUCAAAAUAAAGUUUUUUUAUACUG